AUCGUGUGACAGCCCUGUCGGCCCGGCUUGGGCUGCGACUGAACGCCGCCAAGUGCCGGUCUCUACACCUGUCUGGUCGCCACCCCGUGGGUACACGGCCCACCUCUUUCACCGUGGGUGGCGACCCGAUUCCGGCGCUUGGCGACUUCGAGGGGCACAAGUUCCUGGGCCGUCCAGUGGGGUUCAGGGUGCUACCGGACGAGACGACGGUCGACGAGGCCAUCCACCUGGGCAGAAAGCUGCUCUCCUCCAUGCUCGCCCCAUGGCAAAGGCUGGAUGCAAUCAAAACCUUUUUGUAUCCGGCCCUGAACUUUGCCAUGCGGGUGGGCCUUGCCAGUAAAGGAGAGUGGCAACGCCUCGACGAGGAGCUCCGCCCGCUCAUCAAGAAGACCCUGUACGUGCCAGCCAGAGCUUCCAAUGAAUACUUGUACGGAAGCUCUCAGGCUGGCAGUGCAGGGAUCCCACUUGCGGCGGAGCUCAGCGACAUCUGCCGGGUGGAUGGAGCCUUCAAACUCCUGACGUCGACCGACGUGGAGGUCCGGGAGCGUGCGGCAGGGGAGCUAGAGGGCGUCGUGUCAAGGCGGCUGAGACGACCCGCGAACACCGAGGACAUGGAGGCCUACCUCUCAGGCGAGACGGAGGGCGACUUCCGACAAACGUCCACACAGGUACAGUCUGUGUGGACGGAGGCCCGGAAAGCCUCCCGUCGCCUCUCCAUCGCCUGGGAGCUCUUGGAGCAUGGGGCCCGCAUCAACUGCGGAGAGGCCUCCGUGUCAGCAAGGAACCGCCACAAGCUGAUCAAGACCAUCCGGGCGCUUCUCUCCACCGAAAGGGACAGAGCUCUGCAUGACAAGCCAAACCAAGGCAAGGCGAUGGUGUGUGUGGCGGCCGACCCGGCAAAUUCACACUUCAUGAGGUCCGGCCGCUACACCCGCUUCAUCGACUGGCGCUUCGUGCAUCGAGCCCGACUGAAUCUCCUUCCCCUCAAUGCCACAAGACUCUGGGCACCCGCAGCCGACAAAAGAUGCAGGCGCUGCGGGUACGGGGAGGAGACACUGCCGCAUGUACUCUGCCAUUGCAUGCGGCAGAGUCGGGCCAUGACGGAGCGUCACAACACCAUCGUCGCCAGAAUAAAAAAGGCUGCCUUGGGGAGGUUUACUGUCAUAGCAGAGAACCAGGUCGUGGGCACUACAUCACUCAAGCCCGACCUGGUACUGGCCCGUGGAGAGGAGGCACUGAUCCUGGACGUCUGCUGCCCUUUCGAGAACAGGCUGCAGGCGUUCCAGGACGCCCGGAAGGCUAAGGAGGAGAAGUACGCCCCUGUACAGCGUCAUCUCCUCCGGCGGUUCCAGCGCGUGACGGUGGACGCGGUGGUCGUCGGCUGCCUUGGCACCUGGGAUCAGGGGAAUGAUCGUGUGAUGCGCAGGCUGUGCAGUAGGCAAUACCUGCGCACACUAAAACGCCUGUGCAUCAGCGACACGAUUAGCGCCUCUACGAAGAUUUUUAAAGCCCAUGUAGGCACGUCUUAA